CGCGCCUGACGGACCGCUUCCCGCGCCGCGACAGCAGGCGCAGCCCACAGUGCCCGAACCACUUGUUGUGCUCGCGCCCGCCCGCCUACGCUGCUCUGCGGCUCGCCCGCCGGAUACCGCUCGCAGGCAGAACAUGGUGGCACCAGGAGGGUGGGGCGGCUGCGCUCAGCGGCGACGCUGCUGCUGCUGCUGCUGCUUCUGAAGGCUCGCGGGAUGGCCGCCCUUGUGACGUCACUGCUGGCGGCGCUGCUGCUCGCCCACCUGCCCGCGCCCGCAGCAGCUUCCGGGGGCUGCCACUCGGCGCUCGGGAUGGAGGAGGGCCGCAUCCCGGACUCCGCGGUCUCCGCCAGCUCCUCCUACGAGCCCAAGUCUGUGGGGCCGCAGAAUGCCAGGAUCCGGCAGGAGAAGAACGGCGGCGCGUGGUGCCCCAAGGCGCAGAUCAGCAGCGAGGUGCAGGAGUUCCUCGAGGUGGACCUGGGCCGGCCGCACCUCAUCACCGCCACCGAGACGCAGGGCCGCUUCGGCAACGGCCAGGGACAGGAGUACGCCGAGUCCUUCCACCUGCUCUACUGGAGGGACGCGCUGCAGCGCUGGGCCGUCUACCGGGACGCCAGCGGGCGCAAGGUGCUGAGGGGCAACAGCAACACCUACCUGGCGGUGCGGCAGCAGCUGGAGCUGCCGUUCGUGGCGAGCCGCGUGCGCUUCAUGCCCUACUCGCAGCACACCAGGACCGUCUGCAUGCGGGUCGAGCUCUACGGCUGUCCCUGGACGCAGGGCGUGCUGCGGUACUCGGCACCUGCGGGCGGCGGGGGCGGUCCCGGCGCGGAGGCGUCGGCGGCGGCGGUGGCGGCGCUGCAGGACGGCAGCUACCUGGUGGACGGCGUUCUGGGGGGCUGCGGGGGCGGCGGCGGCGGCGGCGGCGGCGGCGGCGGGGGCGGCGCCAUGCGCUCGGACCGCGCCGCCGAGGCCGGCGUCUGGUUCUCCGACUGGCGGUGGGUGGGCUGGAGCAACGCCAGCCUGGGCGGCCAGCCGCUGGAGCUGGAAUUCGAACUGGAGACGCCGAGGGAGUUGGCGGCCACCCACCUUCAUGUUCUGCACGCGCCGCAGCUGGGCGUCCAGGUGUUCACGGAGGCGUCGGUGUGGCUGAGCCUGGACGGCGUGCACUACCAGUGGGCGACGGCGCCGGUCAGCACGGGGGCGGCGGGGGCGGCGGACUCGGCCCCCUCGUGCGUCAACGUGAGCCUGCCGCUGCACAGCCGCGUGGCGCGCUUCCUGCGCCUGCAGCUGUACUUCGCCGCCGCCUGGGUACUCGUCAGCGAAGUGCGCAUCGACUCGGCGGCGCUGCUGCAGAACGUGUCGCAGGAGGCGCUCGAGGAGUUCUUCCUGCAGCAGGACGGCGCGGCGCAGCAGCCGGCGCAGCCGCCGGCCCACACCGCUGGCGCGCCGGGCGACGCCACGCGCGCCAGCAACGGGGUCGCCACCGCGACGGCGGCGAGCAGCGGCCAGCAGGCGUACAUCGGGCUGGUGACGGGCGCGCUGGCCGUGGCGCUGCUGCUGCUGCUGCUGGGCUGCGCGGUGCUGCUGAUGGUGCGCCGCGGCCGCAAGAAGGUCGCGCUGCUGCACAAGCACACCGCGCUCGUCUCCAGCGGCGUCGCGCUCAACAUGAAGGAGAUGCUGGCGCCCGGGGGCGGCGUGCUGGGCGUCGGCGCCGGCGGCGGCCUCACGCGCGUCCUCACGCCCUGCAAGCCCAAGGCGGCCGCGCCGGCGGCGGCGGGGGGCGCGGCGGCGGGGGCGGUCGCGGGGGCGGCGGCGGGCAGCAAGGCCGGCGGCGGGGGCGGCGGCGGCGGCGCGGACAGUGAGGACAGCGAGGGCUCGAGCGUGUACCACGAGCCGUACAAGCUGCUGGCCAAGGCGGGCGCCGGGGGGCACCAGGAGUACGGCUGCCUGCUCACCGCCAGCAAGAGCGUCGGCCAGUACACCGACUUCACGAGCGUGGCCAGCUUCCAGGAGGAGGUGCGCUUCGCGUCGCCGUCUUUCCACAGCGCGGCGGCGGCGGCGGUGGGGCGGCCGCCCUCGCAGUUCGAGUUGCAGCCGUUCGCGACGCCCACCAAGGCCGCCGCCCCCGCAAGCGCCACCCCCGCCGUGCCCGAGGCCUACUACGCCGCCACCGACAUCGUCAUGUCGGAGCGGCGCGAGCAGCACCUGGAGCCGGGCUGCUUCACGACGGUGCGCAUCCCCAGCGAGGCGCCGCCAGAGACGACGCCGCUGCUGCAGUUCCCCAGGCACCGCCUGCGCCCGCUAGAGAAGCUCGGCGAGGGAGCCUUCGGCAUGGUGCUGCUGUGCGAGGCUGAGGGAGCCCCAGAGUACGACAGCGUUACGUCGUCGCACAAAAAGCAGAUGGUGCUGGUCAAGUCGCUGUGGAGGGGCUGUGGCGACUCCAAGAGACAGGAGUUCCUGCAUGAGGUGGGCUGGCUGGCGAGCCUGCGGGACGACAACGUGGCGCGCGCGCUGGCCGUCUGCUCUGCCGAGGAGCCUCUCUGCUCGCUGCACGAGUACGGGGAGAUGGGCGCGCUGCCCGCCUUCCUCUCCAGGCCGGAGGGCCGCGAGCUGAGUGAAUUAGUUAUUCCUUCAGUUUAUGAAUUUUAUUUCCAUUUCAGUUACGGAUGUCUCAUAUAUAUGGCGUCGCAGAUUGCAUCGGGAAUGAAAUACCUCGAAUCUAUGGAACUGAUACACCGCGACUUAGCAGCAAGGAACUGCGUGGUGGGCCCGCAGUUCAGCGUGAAGGUGUCGGACCACGCGACCUACUGCUCGCGCUACGACCGCGACUACUACGUCAGCGACACCCAGGCGCGGCUGCCCGUGCGCUGGAUGGCCUGGGAGAGCCUGCUGCUGGGCGAGUACUCGACCAAGAGCGACGUGUGGGCGUUCGGCGUGACGCUGUGGGAGACGCUGACGCUGUGCGCGGUGCAGCCGCUGGCGGAGCUGAGCGACCAGCAGGUGGUGGAGAACUGCAGCCGGUGGCAGCUGGACGACGGCCGCCAGCGCUGCCCCGCGCGGCCCGCAGCCUGUCCCCGGGAGCUCUUCGACCUGAUGGCCGAGUGCUGGCGCCGCGACGCCGCGCUGCGUCCGCGCUUCGCCGAGAUACACCUCUUCCUGCAGCGCAAGAACCUCGGCUACACGCCCACACCCCAGGCGCCGGCGGCUGCGGCGGCGUCGGCGUCGGCGGCGGCGGCGGCUUCGGCGACGUCCACUCCGGGCUAG